AUGCGCGGGUGUGGUCCAACUGUCGCUUUGGAUGAUUUAUCUGCCGAGAGUACCGCUCGCGUCACCGCCUUUGGCCUCGGAGCGCAGCUGGCGCCCGCUUCGCGACCACUUGGUCUGAUUGAAAUUGAAACAGCAAUAACAUAUCAUGCGCGUCACUACGCGUCGCGCGAUUGCGACCGCUGUACGGCAUCUCCCAUCGCUAUUUAUCGCUCCAUGUUGGGCCUAAAUUCGGGUCCAGGAGUUUCGGCGUCAUCAACUACUGCGACGUCGCAGCGAGCGCUGAGCGGGGUCCUUAAAUCACCCCCACAGGACGUAUCCGUGGGAAUAAACCAGCGGAGAGGGGGCGUUUCGUGCGAAAUUAACAGCGGCUUGCGCAGGCGGCCACUUGAUGUACAGUUAGUGCGCUACGAAAUGUGUGGCAAGUCCCGUGGCGCAAUUCAUAAGCGUCGGCGUUGCUGUGACGCCGAUGCAGUAUUUAAUUCUUACUAU